CCCUUGCUUGUGCCAUCUGCACCUUUCACCGUUCGGACAGUGGUGUCAUCACGAUCGGCGAUUGGUUGCGAAGUCGGCAGAAUGAUAAGAUCAACCAGAAACCAAGCUUCGCAGCUGUGUGACCAUGGCCUCAAUCGGGCUUGCACUUCCUCCGGUUCAGGUCCUGGAGACUUCCUGGCAUAACCGAUGACAACAGUGCCAUUGGUCUUGCAUGCAUUGAUGAAGUCUCGGUAUCGCUGCGGAUACAGGGUGAUAUCCUUCACCAGAUUGUCUAAACAAAAAUUAGUUCACAUAAACAAAAAGCAGAUACCUAUUUUACCUUGCCAUCUGUCUUCCAUUACGUGGACCAUCCAGUGUCGCACGGCUCGACCCAUGCUUCCUCUUCCUAGCUUGGGUCUCAUUCUGCUUUACAAAUGCCACUUGACUCUUGCCGCACAAGGAUGCGACGCCGUUUUGUGUCAUAUCGCUCCAACAUUCACUCCACUCAAUUUUGAGGGCCUCACAUUGAUGAAGCAUCCGCAGCCAAAUUUCGGGCUGCCCAUGAUGAGUGGCCGGGCAGCCCGAAGUUUCUUCGCCCUCGACGGCUUCAUCGUCGACACCACCCUUACGAAUUCUACUGCCACCGUAAUGCUUGCAUCUGAACCAGGUUACACGGUCGCUGAACCAUUUGACCACUGAGUACGAUGUUGAACUUCCGUUCGUAUUCGGCAACAACGUCGGGAAUGUCGGCACUUGAAUGAUGUUCGCGUAGAGCAGACACCGUUUUUUUCACUUGCACUUGCACAAGAUCAUUGAAAGUUUCGAUCGCAACAGUAAUGUUGGAGACGUUGGUCAAAGUUGAUAGUGGAAGAAAAGAAAAG